ACUCAGGGCUGGGGCUACUCGCUUACCGAUUAUGUUAGUGAUCAGCAGAAUGACAGUCAGACUUUCCCUGAUUUAUCCGAUUUUUCCAGGGGGUUCAGCCAGUGACUUUAGUAUUCCAGUCAACAUCCCCUUGCUAGUUUCGUGCGGGGUUGAGGUACCCAAGCUCCCCAUGCAAUUUAUAAGAUAAGAGCUUGAAACCUAUAUCCAUGAACACGAUCCCAUUAUUUAUAGAGGAAAUCGGUGUAGAGUCAGGGUUCAAGGCCAAAUAACAUGGUUUGACUGCCA